UCGAGCCAUCAUCUGGUAAGAAAUGGAAUAAAACUUUCAUAGCCCAAUUGCCUCUGAUCAAAUCCGUGUUUGAAUGAAUUGAUCGUUGGAGAUUAGUUGAGGACUGUUCCACUUACCAACUUUCCCGCCUCCCCCACCACGCACGAACUCGGCCCUUAUAUAAGCCAACCGCCAAUCAAUCUCCCCUUCCACAGAGAAAAUUAUCCGCCGUAGCCAUGGCAUUGGUCGUUCAAACUCCUUCCCGCUUCGGGAAUCUCGUCACGGAGAUGGAGGAUGAGGAGGAUCUCUUCGAGAUCGACCUAGAGGCCGUCAACAGCAUCCCCCCUCCUAAGUAUUACUGGGGAAGUUACUGCGCCAACACUACUGGGACUGCGCUCCUCGCCAACUGCCUCUUGCCUGCUGCGGAUAUCUCCAGCGCUGUCCCAGCAUCGGCAUCAGUAACGUCAGUGAUGAAUGCCUCUGGACAGCCUGUGUCUGGGAGGCAGGGUUCUCUUCCAGUCCCGGAGCCCGUGCCCCUCGGGAAGCUUCUCCAACUACCAUACUCGAGUGUUCUCGCGUACUACUCUAGGAAGUGAUCAAAGACAAAGUUUCUUAUAUGUUAUACACACAUAUACCAUUAGCUUAUGUUCUGUAAGGAGAUAGAGAAAUGCCUUCACAAAGCUAAUUCUUAUGAUUUAUUUGCAUCAUUGUACAAAAUUAAACAAUUUAAUUGUGCUUUUGCGCGUGCGCACACACACACGGAGAUUAUGUCAACUAUUUUUCCAAACUUACAUAUGUUUUUGAGUCUUUUGACCCCGGUCAAAUCUUCGCCCAUCGGCUCAGUCAUUUGGGAGGCGAUGAUCUUCCUGCUUGUUCGUCUAUAAGGUAAUGGAAAGUUUUAUGAUCACUUGAAGUGAUCUUUCCCCUA